UCCCCGCGGCGGUCCGCGACCCUCGCGAGCGACAUGGGUCAGGGCAACUCCAAGUGCGACGGGGUGCACGAGAAGAUCCGCGAGCGCGUCCCUCACGCGCUGCUCCGCGGCGUCAACGCGCCGAGCGGUCCGUCCGCUCCCGGUGCCCGCGCCGAAGGAUCCGUCGUGCCCGGCGUGCCGAGGGAGACGCGCGUCAAGCUCGUGCUCCUGGGGGACACGGGAGUCGGGAAGAGCGCCAUCGUGGUGCGGUUCGUCCAAGGAGAGUUCAGCGAGGAGAGCAAGGUGACCGUCGGCGCGGCGUUCCUCGCAAAGUCGCUGCGCAUCCCCGAGCACGGACCCGACGCGGCGGUGAAAUUCGAGAUAUGGGACACGGCUGGUCAAGAGAGAUACGCGUCGCUGGCGCCGCUCUACUACCGCGGCGCGGGCGCGGCGGUGGUGGUGUACGACAUAACAUCCCCCGCGUCCUUCGAGAAGGCCAGGUUCUGGGUUAAAGAGCUGCAGAAGCACGCGUCGCCGAACAUCAACAUCGUGCUCGUGGGAAACAAGAAGGAUCUGGGGGACACGAGGCGCGCGGUGAGCAGGGAAGACGCUCGCGCGUUCGCGAACGAGAACGGGAUGGCGAUGGAGUGCGAGGCGAGCGCGCUGAGCGGGGAGGGGGUGGUGGAGAUAUUCAAGUCGGUGGCGAUGUCGCUGUGGCGGUGACACUUUGACGACUUUAACGAGACGAGUACGGCAUCGUUC